CAGUUUUACUAGACGGAGCUCCAUCAGGCAGGCACGAAGGAACGAACGAACAAGAAGGAAGGAAGGAAGGAACGAGGGCUCGGUUCGAUCUCUCUGCUCCGCUUCUCUCGUGUUUCUGUUUCUGUUUCUGAGACUCUGGCUUCCCAAUCUGUUCUCACGAUAUCUCGACGGAGAGUCAGUCCCCUGGCGUGGGAGGAAGUCAUGGACACCUUCGGAGGUAGCUUGUUAUUCAUCGUCGCCGGCAACUCGGUGUGAAGCGAGCGAGAGAGCUGCUUCUGGCAGGUCUUGGCUUGUGUGUUAACAGACACAUCUUCGUUCUCUCUCUAUCCAUCUCUAUCCUUCUCUAUCCCUCUAUCCUGCCUCCAGCUGCAAUAUUUUUGAUUUGUUGCUGCUCUCGGCUCGCUCGCUCGCUCGCUCGCCCCAACAAUCUACGACACUUUUGUGGACCCCGGACAGGAAAUGCACGGCUCUGUCUGAUUAUGGUUAGCUCAUGUGCUAGUAAGGAGAACCUCAAGGUGUUUUGAUCAAAUCGCUGAGACAAUUCGACGAUCGAAUAAUCAGCGUCUCUGCCCGUCAGAGAUUUGCAGUUCUCGUCACAGGUGUAUAUGUGGAGAUAGAAACAUAUUGAGCCCAUAAGCUGCCCUCCGUCAAGCAGGCAGCAAGCCGAAGGAAGGAAGGAAGGAAGCCUGAACAGGUUUCAGCCAGCCAGCAAGCAACCAUAGCGGCAGGGACGGCAAGGGAAGGGAAGGGAAGCGAGGGGAUGCGAGGCAGCAGUACAGGUUCCAGGACUAGCAGACAAUCUCGUGCCUCGGAAGCGAAGUGAGCUCCAAAUUUCUAAGCGCCAGGCUGGCUCAGGGAAAUCUGGGAAAGAUGGAAACCACAAAUGAGAGCCCGACGAUCACAGUCCUCCGCAGAGAUGUGGAAGACAUCAAAGACUGCCUUGUUCAGUUAUCGGCCAAACAGGAAAGCAUCUGCUCCUCAGAUAUUCUGCAGGCCUGCUCCCGUGUCGACGGAGAAGCCAAAUGUUGCAACUCGGAAGCCAAACGAGUUCUCACUGAGAAGCAGGAUCAAAUGAGCUUCCUGCUCAAGUUCGUGCUCAACAAAUUGGAGCACAUUCUCCCCACAGCGGCCAGCACUGGCCAGGUGGAGAGCUCCUCGGGCCUCAAGAGAAGCAGGCCAUUGACUCCCCUACGAGUCUGUCGACCAUCAGGAGCAGGAUUCCUGGCGGAUUCGGGCCCUGGUGGCAACGGAGUGUCGGGCGUCACAGGCGCCGAAGACACGCCCCCCACCAGCCCAGGCCCCAACAAGUUCUACAAGGUCGGGACCGACUCCAAGGCUCCGGGCCACAGACUGUACAUGCCAACUGCCAUCAUUGGCAAGCUGUCGGUGGAAACGGCGGCAUCUGCUUCUAUUGCCGUCGGCUCCAACAGCUUUGGCAAUGGAGUCUCCUCCAAGCCUGUUGUGAACGCUCUGGGAAUUAAGUCUCCCAAGAAGAGGCCCACUCGCUCCCGCAGAGACAGGAACCGACAGAGAAACAAGCAGUCCGAGGCACCAGUCGCUAUCCAGAGGCUCAAGCCUGGGGAACAGGGCAAAAUCCCCGACGAUGGCUACUUGUGGCGCAAGUACGGCAACAAGCCGAUCAAGACCGCAUCCUACAAGAGGGGAUACUUCAAGUGCAGGCACUUCAAGGAGAUGAAAUGCAACGCCACGAAGAUCGUGCAGCAGACGAACAGCGAUCCGUCGGUGUUCCACGUGACGUACAAGGACACGCACACUUGCAAGCAGGCGCCGCAGCACGGCGGGGCGGCCGGGGGCGUGAACCACUCGGCGGACGGGGAGAAUGGGUCUCUGGCGGAUCAGAUCUCGCGAGUGGGCGACAUGCCCUGCGAGACUCUGGACUACGAGCCGGCGGGGCUGGACUGGCCGGCGUCGCCCGACAAUUCGUCGGCCAGCGAGGAUCUGUUCCCGCAAUCGGAAGAGGAGGGCGUGGAGAGCUCGCGGCUCGGGGAUCAGCACUCGCUGCUGGACUUCGCGGACGAUCUGGGGCCCGAGCUGAGCCAGGACCUGGCCGACGCCAACCUUCUGCAGCAGGUCCAGGACUCGAGCCUGGGCUCGCUCGACGUGUCACAAGUGCAAAACUGGCAGCAGGUGACAACCUCGCCCGAGAAACUGAAGCUGCAUCCGGGCAAGAUGCACCCGGGCCUGGACCAGCUCGAGAUGGACCAGCUCGACGUGGUGAACAUGGAGGAGAUCGUGCUCAACGCCUCGCAGGGCUGCAACUGGAAUUUCGAGUUCAGCGACAUCGCCUUCUGGCAGCCGGAGCUCGUGGACGUGCAAUCCUGCUUCCAGCCCGGCGACUAGACUUCGAUUCGAGCCUUCGCCUCGUCUCGUCUCGCGCCUCCUCCUCCUCCUCCUCCUCCUCCUCUUCCUCCUCCAGCCCGCCCGCCGUCGUGCGCUUUGUGUCUUUCUUUGAGCCGAUCGAUAGAUAGAUACACAGUGUGUGUGUGUGUUAUGAUCUGGAAGAGCAUCGGUAGUGGGUUCUUCGAGCCUCUGUGAAGAAGAGGUCGGAUUUAGACAACAUAUCGUCCUUGUGUAGGAUGUGGCGCCUCUGUGAGGCGGCGGCGCAUCCCCCCCUAGUAGGACGAGAUGCCAGGAUUUGCUUCCUAGCAAGGUGACAUCUUAGAAUCACCAUCGUCUAUCCUUUGUGAAGUGAAGGGUGUGAUUCUAGGCUGUGCCCGAUGAGACAAUGAAGAAGAACGCCCAUCAACAACGAGCCAACCAUCCAACCGACGACCAGUCCCUGCAUCGUUCGUGUCCCCGCGUAGGAUCUCGACAAUGUCUUUAUGUAACAUGCGAUGUUUCCUUACGUAGAUUAGAUUAGCUAUUUUGCUCAAUCGUCCCUAGACUGAUUGAUAGUUCGUGAGAUCGCCCCGUAAAUCUGUGUACCAUAAGCCCACUGCCUACUUCUGGUUCUGUUCCAGAGUUAUGUAUUGUUUUUCUAGCCGAGCUUUCUGGCUCGGCUUGCACAAUUGUAAAUUGGAAAAUGACUCGACUUGAGCCACCAGGGUUGGCAGUUUGUACC